UUUUCAACCGAGUGCAAUGUUUUGAUGCAUUUAAGGGUAUGAUGAUCAUAUGAAAUAUACGUCAAUGUCUAAUACAAUCGACAUGUAUUGCCAGUAAUUGGACCCUAUUACAGAUUGCAUCUAAUGGAAGCUUAGUUACUUUUCAGUUCAGUUUUCUCGGUGUAAUCUGAAGCAUGGCAGAUGAGGAUUUUCAAAAACAGCUAGAACUUGAAGAAAAAGAAAAGCAGAAGAAAGAACUGAAUGAUUCAGGCAUUACAGAUCCAUAUACGUAUGUUGAUCCUAAUGAUGGUACUGUAUACGAGUGGAAUACUGAAAAACAAGCAUGGUUUCCAAAAGUAGAUGAUGAUUUUAUAGCCCAGUAUCAAUCAAAUUACACAUACCAGAGUAAUGAAGAUGCAUCAAAAGAAACAAAUACUCUGAAUCCUGAACCACAGCCUAAGGGAGAAAAACGGAAAGCGAAUGAUCCCGGUUGGUUUCAAGUGGAUGAGGAUCACAAUACAAAUGUUUAUGUGUCUGGUUUACCUCAUGACACAACAGAGGAGGAAUUCAUCGAAUUAAUGUCAAAAUGUGGUCUAAUUAUGAAGGAUCCGGAUACCAUGAAGUACAAAAUUAAACUUUAUCGUGAUUCAGAUGGAAUGCUAAAAGGGGAUGGAAGGUGCUGUUACAUAAAGAUUGAAAGUGUUAAAUUAGCUUUAGACAUUUUGGAUGGUUAUCUGUUCAAAGGCAAACCGAUUCAUGUUGAGCGAGCUCAAUUUGAGUUAAAAGGACAAUAUGAUCCAUCUAAGAAGCCCAAAAAGAAGAGAGCCAAAGAAAAAGAAAAAUUAAAAAAAAAAAUAGACAAGCUUUUUGACUGGCGACCAGAUAAAUUACGUGGCAUGAGAUCAAGAAAUGAGAAUACUGUCAUAAUUAAAAAUAUGUUUGACCCUAAAGAAUUCGAUGAAGAUGCAGCUUUGUUGCUGGAUUACCAAAAUGAUAUUAGAGAAGAAUGUUCAAAAUGUGGAGAAGUGAAAAAAGUUGUGAUAUAUGAUAGAAAUCCAGAGGGCGUUGUUGCUGUCACAUUUUCUGAGCCAGAAAUGGCAGAUGAAUGUAUAAAUCUUAUGAAUGGUAGAUGGUUUGCCUCUCGUCAACUUACUGCAGAAACUUGGGAUGGGAAAACUAAAUAUAAAAUUAUAGAAACUGAGGAAGAAAGAGAAAAACGAUUAAAUUCAUGGCAGAAAUAUUUAGAAGAGAAAGAAGCCAAACAGGAUGCAACGAGCAAAAAUAGUGUAGAAACUGUAAAGUCUAGUGAAAAGCAUCAUUCGGAAUCUAAUAAAGGUACUUUAUUGACUGCUUAUCAACUUGCUGGGGACACUGACAGUUCAGGCGAUUCAGAUACAGAGAGCAAGUCAAAAACAUUAUCAUUGCAAGAUUCAUAUCCAGUCAUGCAAUCGAAUGGUGGAUUUUCAUUCCCAAAUAAUUCUGGCAGUAGUGGUAAAUCUUGAAAUAAACUUUUCCAAUCAGUCUGUCUGAGAAUUUGGCAUUACUAUAAAAAUAUUCAUUUUUGUAAAUACAUUAGUUUAAAAUCAGGCAUUUACCUUUUAUUAUCAUUUUAAACAAUCAGAAAAUAAUUAUUAAGAAGUAUUUUAAAAAUUUGCUCACAUAAUGUAAAGAGUUUUUUUUAUUUAAGUUUGUUUAUUUGAAAAUAAUUAUUUGAAGUGUCAAUAAUGUUAUAUAUUUCU